AUGGCAACAACUUCAAAUCAACCAAAUGAAAUUGUUAAAGAGUUAAAUAAUAUUUUAUUUAGAUUUGCAUUAAUUGAUACAGAGGCAUCAUAUGAAAGAUUUUUAGAUCAGUAUUUGGAUGUUGUUAUAUCAAAAUUAAAUGCAAAUGAUGAGAGUGUAAAGAAAAAGGUUAUGGAGGUAUUAAGUAAUAUUAACAAAAGAUCAAUGGUCACAUCAAAUGUACAAUUCCCAAUCACAAAAUUAUUAGCACUUUACAACGAUAAUAAUAUGUCAAUGGUGGUCAAGAGUUUUGCAAUCAUUUAUAUUGAAAAAGGUUUCAAAUCAUUAUCAUCAGACUCAAAAGUACCAUAUCUUUCAGAAAUCGCAACAAAUAUUAAUAAAAUUAAUCCAGUUCACCAAGAUAUAUUUUGCCAUAUUAUUCUAUCUAUUUUAAUUUCCAUUAAUUUUAAUAAAAAUGAUAAAGAAAAGUUAAAUCAACUAUCAUUUUUGAAAAACGAAAGUGAUUCAAAAAUUCUUUUAUCUUUCUUUUAUGAUUUUCUAAUUACUCCACCAAUUCCAAAAGAUUCCAAAGAAAUUCCACCAUGCCAUAGUUUAAAUUCAUUACAUAGAAUUUUAAGUAAAACUUUAAAUAAAUAUGAUUUUAAUCAAUUAUGCGAAAGAAAGAUUGCAAUUUUAAAUUUAAUUACAUGCGGUGUUUUAGAUGAUACAACAAUAUUUCCAUUGGUUUUAGUUGCAGCCGUAGAUUCAAUUCAAGAUGUUCAAAGGAAAGCAGAAGAUUUGUUAAGAAGAUUAUCAAAGGUUAAGCUUGAUGAUAGAGCAUUGAUUGAUCGUUUGUUUACAAUUUUUAUUGGUACUCCCGCAGCCACUGGUACACCAACACCAGCACAACUCGAUGCUGCAAGAAAAGAAGCUUCACCAUUAUUAAAAGAAAAAAUACUAUAUUAUUUCUGUAAAUCAAUUCCUGCCGCCAAUAGUUUCCCUCUUACACUUAAAGUAAUUUUCGAUUGUAUUUAUGGUCAAUCAACAACUAUGAAGUUAAAACAUGCUGCAAUGUCAUUUGUCCAAUGGGUAUUCAGACAUGCCACUGAUAAAGAGCUUCACAGUAUGUCCAAAACAAUAUACGAUGGCUUAUUAAAAUUAAUUGAAGAGCUUGACAAUAGUGGUGCUGUUGGAAAUAAAGAUAUCAAUGAUUUGAAAUCAUUCACCUACUCAUCAUUAGGUUUGCUCUGCAAGAGAGAAAAGGAUUUAUUCAAGAGUAAUGUUGGUUUGGUUGGUAGACUAUUAAAAAAGAUGACAACAGAAGAGGCAAUGGUAGUUAGUUCAAUUCAAGAUGCUCUUAUUAUGAUCAGAGAAGCUUUUAUUGAUCCUCCAAAAGAAAUCGGUGACCAGUUAAUCGAUAUUUUAAUGUCAUUCGUUCAAGGUGAAUCUUUCGAUUAUCAAGUACGUACUGUAGUUGUUCAAUGGGCCCAACAUUGCUUUUCAUUUGAGGACGUACGUUCUAGAUAUAUUAGUUUGAUAUUUUCGGGAGAUGUAAGACCAGAUAUUAGAGACGAAAGUAGAAGAGGUUUGGAACCUUAUAUCCAUCAAGGUAAUAUGUUAGCCUUGCCACCAACCGAUAAAAAACCAGUUUACCCAGACUUUAAAGAAUUAUUGGAUUUUAUUGUAGAAAAGCGUUUAGAAUUAAUUAAUCCAAAACAAAAGAAACCACAACAGCAAGGUGUUCUCCAAGUGGUUGGUUUUUCUGCUUUGGCCUAUGAAAAUAUGUUAGUUUUACUUAGAACUUGUUUAAGACGAUCUGCUUUAUCUAAAAAACAAAUUCCAUCAAGAUAUUUAUCAACAUUAAAUAAAGAAACCAUCGAUAAAUACCAAUCAUUCAUCGAGAUUGGCUUGGAAACUAAAAUUGGCGAUGACGUUCAAAUGGUUAGUGCAAUUUCACUUUUACAAUUAAUGAAUCUUAACGAACAAUCAAUUCCUUCCUUCCUCAACAAGUUAGCACUAAUUGAUAAACUCUUAAAAUCUAGCAAACCAACAUUCAAGGAUCUUUACUCUAAAAUGGUCGGUUUAUUAUCAAUUCAUUUCUCAAAAGAACAAUUAUCAGAAAUGGUUCAAUCAUUUAUGAAACAAGUAGAAAAUUCAAACGAUGUUAUCGAAAUCUAUGGCCCAAUGUCAUCAAUUGCCCAUAUGGUUGCAAAUCAUUCAAAAAAUCAUUUGGUUAAAGACGAUUGUCCAAUCAAUAAUGAUUUUAUAAAGAAAUUCGUUGAUAUUAUUUUCAAGAGAUUUAUGGAUCAUAAUAACCAAGCCACUAAAGUUUGUGCUAUUACCUCGAUUGGUUUAUGUGGGGUUUACUCACCAUUACCAAUUGAUGAUGCUGAAAAGGGUGUCAUUUUAACAAAGCUUAUUCAAGUUGUAAAGAAUACAGCAUCAAGUGAACGUAAUAUUUCCGAAGCCGCCAUUCAUUCUUUAGGUUGGAUUUGUUAUGGUGAAAAUAAAUUUGACGAAAUCUCAAAAUUCAAAAAGCAGGUUAUCGAUUCACUCUUUGAAUUAGUAAAUAACAAGAAUGAAGAGUUACAAUUUACAAUUGGUGAAACUCUAUCAUUAAUUAUUGGUGGCAAUAGAAUGAAGCAAUCAAUUUUCCCAUUUUCACCAUUUACAACAGAAGAAAUUCAAUUAGAAAUCAAACAAGAAGAAAAUGAAUUAAGUGAUGGUGAUACUGAUAUGAAAGAUGAUGAAGGCAUCCAACAAGAUAAAUCUGUUAAUGAAAAAGAACAAAAUAACAUUAUUGAUAUGCUUAAUAGAAUUUUAUCAACCUAUUUCUCGGAUAGACAAUCGCCAAUAACUAGAUGUUCAGCUGGCAUUUGGAUGGUCUGCUUAUUAAAGAACUUUGGCAAAUUAGAAAUGGUUCAAAGUUUAUUACCAGUAAUUCAAAAUGGCUUCAUCUCAUUGCUUUCAGAUAACAACGAGCUAACUCAAGAUAUUGCCUCAAAAGGUAUUACUUUAGUUUAUGACUCAUCAACCGAUCCAAAGUUUAGAGAAUUUUUAGUUUCAAAUCUUUCCAAAACCCUUUCAGGUAAACCUGCACAAAAAGCACCAGGAUCAUCCGAGCUUUUACCAGAAGGUGCUGUUACCAACAAAACUGGUUCAGUUUUAACUUAUAAAGAAUUAACAUCAGUAGCAAAUGAUUUGGGUAAACCAGAUAUGGUUUAUAAAUUAAUGAACCUUUCAUCUCAUCAUCAAGUUUGGAACUCAAAGAAAGGUGCAUCGUUUGCAAUCGUAUCACUAGCAUCAAAAGCCAAAGAUGAAUUAGCUCCAUUGCUCCCAUAUUUAAUACCAAAGAUUUAUAGAUUUGUCUAUGAUCCAAACCCAAAGAUGGCAUCAUCAAUGAGCAACAUUAUGAAUGCAUUGAUUGAUAGUAAAGAUAUUUUCCCUCAAUUCUUUGUUCCAAUUAUGAAAGAGAUUAUGCAAGGUAUGGGUACAAAUGCAUGGAGAGUUAGAGAAGCAUCAUGUUUAGCAAUUCCAGAUACAAUUACACAUGCCACACCAGAAGAAAUUAUGCCAUUCCUUGAAGAGCUUUUCUAUAUGAGCUUUAGAACUUUGGAUGAUAUUAAAGAGUCGGUUAGAAAGGCUGCAGAAAUUUCAAUGAAAUCAAUUGGUAAUGUUAGUGCACGUCUUUGUGAUCCUAGCUAUACAUCAACAAGCAAGGCCAAAGAAGUUCUCAAAUUAAUUUUACCAUUCAUUCUUUCCAAAGGUAUAAAUAACGACUCAAAUGAUGUUAAACAAUUCUCAAUUCAACAAUUGGUUAGAAUUUCAAAGAGUUCAAAAGAUUUAUUAACUCCAUUCAUACCAGAUAUGAUCACAGUAAUUUUGGAAUCCCUUUCAAAUUUAGAACCAGCUUCAUUCAACUAUGCUUCAUUCCAUGCCGAUUCAUUAAAUGUUUCACAAGAGCAAAUCGAAUCAAUGAGAGUUGAAAUCUCUAAAAGUUCACCAUUAAAUGAAAUUUUAGAAACCUGCCAACGUUAUAUAGAUGACAGUAAUAUCUCCCAAGUUUUAGCCAACCUCAAUCAAUUGGUUCAAUUUAGUGUUGGUAUUGUUACAAGGGUCGGUGUUGCUAAAUUUAUUUCAAAUUUAUUCCAGUCUAAAACCGCACCAAUUAACGAUUUACCAGAACAGUCUCUAGUUAAACUCUUAAAUACAAUGUUCCCAUCAAUCAGCAAUGAUAGAUCACCGGUUGUAAAGAGAUAUUUCAUCACUGCCAUUUCAUUUGUAUUAAAUAAAUGUCCAAACAAAGUUGUAAAUAGUACUUUAGAAAAAAUUUUCCAAAUGGUUUCAGUAGAUGUUGACUCUGAUAAAUUGGAAGGUAAUUUACAAACCGUUGGUCUUUUAUUUAGAGAAUUUUAUAAGAAUUGUUCAGUUAAAAUAUCAACAUUCCAAAAAGAUGUUAUUCCAUUCUUAUACUUCUACAAAUCUCAUCCAAAGAAAGAAAUUGCAGAUAUCUAUAAACAAAUUUGGGAUGACAACUCAAUUGGUUCAAUAAAGAUGUACACUGAUGAAAUUAUUAAAUUAAUUUCAACCAGUAUGAACUCUGGUACAUGGUCAACUAAAGAACAAGCAGCACUUUGUCUCUCUGCGUUAACCGAUGAUAUUAGAAAUAUGAUUGAUACCCAUUUACCAAUGGUACUCUCAUUAAUCGUUCAGGGUUUAAAAGGAAGAACUUAUCCAGGUAAGGAUUCACUUUUAGCAUCCCUCUCAACUCUAUCAACAGUUUGUUGUAAUACCAUUCGUAACAAUAGUUUUGAAAAUAUUCCAUCACCAACUGAAAUUGUAAAUAUUAUGUUCCAAGAAUGUAAAAAGAAUGAUUUAGAAUACAAGAGAAAAGCAAUUACAAAUCUUUCAAUUAUAUUAAAAUCAUUUAAUGAUAUUGAUAUCUUUGAAAAAGUUAAAGAAGAGUUUUAUCCAUUCAUAUUUAUAGAGCAACAAGAUGAAGAAAUGAAAGAGGCAGGCGGCGAAAAAGAAGAAAUUGACAAAGAGGAAUUAAAAUUAAAACCAUUAAAAGUUUUAAUUAGAUCUCAAAUUUAUAAUGUUGUUGGUGAAUCAUUUAGAGCAGCAUCAAAAGAAACAAAAUUAAACAAUUUAGAUUUAGGCAGUAAACUUUUAGGUAAUCUAGUUUCAAGUCUAUGGAGUGAACAGGUUUCAAUUCUCAAUGCACUUUCAUGUUUCUUUAAAUCAAUCUGGACUCUAGAUGGUUUAGACAUUGACUGUGAUAAUCAAAAACAACAAAACGAUUUCUAUUUAAGCCAAGACAAAGUAAACUAUUUAUUCAAAACUAUUGCAGAAACUUUAGAUUACACUAAAUUUCAAGUUGUUAAAAAAUCAUGUUUAGAUUUAUUAGAAGAUCUUGUAGUAGUGGGUGGUUCAAAAUUCAACAUUAUUAAAAUUCAAUUUGAUAAAAUUAAACUAUUAAUAACCGAAGCAGCUAAAAAAGAUAACACAAUUGGAGUUCAAGUUGAUAAAUUAUUGUUAUUAUUAAAAUAA